ACCCGCGUGUCACUCCAAUCUGAUCGACACACUAAACUAAACUAAACACUCACUCAAUCAAUCCCCAAGACGCAAGCUUUUUGCAAUCCACAUACGUCACGGCAUUACCCAUAUUCUCAUUCCUCAUUUCUCAUCGCUGAUCACCAAGCUUUUUGCUUCGAGAUGAGUUUCGGCACAGAAAAAGACUAUGAAUUUCUGGAGAAGAUCGGUUUGGCUACGGAAAAUCCCGGUGGGUUCAUAAAUGGCAAGUGGAAGGCAACUGGCCCAGUUAUCUCUACUUUCAAUCCUGCAGACGAUCAGGAGAUUGCUAAGGUCACGGAAGUGUCCAUAGAGGACUAUGAGGAGGGCAUUCGUGCUUGCAGUGAAGCAUCCAAGUUAUGGAAGACUCUCACAGCACCGAAGAGAGGUGACAUUGUUAGACAGAUAGGAGAUGCUUUAAGGGCCAAAUUGGACUAUCUGGGUAGGCUUGUAUCCCUCGAGAUGGGGAAAAUACUUGCUGAAGGAAUUGGGGAAGUUCAGGAAGUUAUCGAUAUGUGUGAUUUUUGUGUGGGAUUGAGCCGUCAACUGAAUGGAUCUAUCAUACCCUCAGAACGUCCAAAUCACAUGAUGUUUGAGGUUUGGAAUCCAUUGGGAAUAGUUGGUGUCAUCACUGCUUUCAAUUUCCCAUGUGCUGUUCUUGGAUGGAAUGCCUGCGUUGCGCUUGUCUGUGGUAACUGUGUUGUCUGGAAGGGUGCACCAACAACUCCAUUGGUAACUAUUGCUGUGACAAAGCUAAUUGCCGAGGUUCUUGAGAAAAAUAACUUGCCCGGGGCUAUAUUCACCGCUUUCUGUGGUGGAGCUGAAGUUGGUGAAGCAAUAGCAAAAGACAACAGAAUACCCCUGGUUUCAUUCACUGGAAGUUCAAAGGUGGGUCAGAAGGUUCAACGAAUUGUCAGUGAGAGGUUUGGUAAAUGCUUACUUGAAUUAAGUGGGAACAACGCCAUAAUUGUUAUGGAUGAUGCUGACAUCGAGCUGGCAGUGCGUUCUAUAUUGUUUGCAGCCGUUGGUACUGCUGGUCAGCGCUGCACAACGUGCCGUAGAUUGUAUCUUCAUGAAAGUAUAUAUCAGAAUGUAUUAGAUAAAUUAGUCGGACUUUACAAGCAAGUCAAGAUUGGGAACCCUUUGGAGAAAGGAACUCUAGUUGGGCCACUACAUACUCACCAGUCGAAGGAGAAUUUUGAGAAGGGGAUUGGGGCCAUUAAAUCUCAGGGGGGAAAGAUUGCUGUAGGUGGAUCGACUGUAGGUUCAGAUGGCAAUUAUGUGCAGCCAACAAUUGUUGAGAUUUCUCCAACUGCAGCUGUGGUGAAAGAAGAGUUGUUUGGUCCAGUUCUGUAUGUUAUGAAAUUCAAGAGUCUUGAUGAAGCAAUAGAAUUGAACAACUCCGUACCACAAGGAUUAAGUAGCUCAAUCUUCACAAGAAAACCAGAAAUUCUCUUUAAAUGGAUUGGGCCACAGGGCAGUGAUUGUGGUAUAGUGAAUGUAAACAUUCCUACUAAUGGCGCUGAGAUUGGCGGUGCCUUUGGUGGAGAGAAGGCAACUGGUGGUGGCCGAGAAGCAGGGAGCGACUCUUGGAAGCAAUACAUGAGACGCUCAACAUGUACAAUCAAUUAUGGGAGCGAACUACCACUUGCUCAGGGUAUCAAUUUCGGCUAGUAAACCAGUCUCCACAGUAAGGUUUGGUAUGGUCUCUGACUCUCGGUCAUGACAUAUCAAGGAAGUGCAUUCUGCAGUAGCCGCUGUCAAGGUUAUGAUUCCCCUACCAGCUUGAAUAUGUACAAUGAAGCCUGCACUGAUCGUUAUGAUGUUUGGUCCAAGACUCUUGUUUGGAUUUCUAAUCUUGAAAAAUAAAAGCAGAAUGUUUAAAUAGUAUCCCUCUACGUUCA